AUGUCGACACCAGCAGAAAAAUCUGCAGAGGUGCUCAACCGCGGCCAGGAGCUCCAUCAAAAAGGCCUAUUCGAUCAAGCGACGAGAGCCUAUUUCGAGGCAUUGAAGCUUGCCCCGGCGGAUCAUGCACCCCUCGCCAGUCUCGCCGCCGUGCAGUAUGAGCUGGGCAACUACACCGGCUCUGCCUUGUACUCUGAAAAGGCUUUGCGACUCCUCGGAAACGACCAAGAGGCCGACUCCAGGAGAGAAGAACUGCAUCUGAGGCUCGCCAAAUCCUAUGCGCUCAGUCGGAGUCUUGACAAUGCAAGGAAUGCUGUGGCUAAGCUGGCAGCUAGCGCUGAGCGCGAGGCCCUGGAGUCCUCCGUUGCAUUGCAAUCUCCGGCUAUGGCUGCUACCCAACUGAGAACAAAAGUUCUAGACGAGGUACCAAGGACCAAGCCAGCAUACCAGAAUGAACCAGAGUACUGCGCCAUUGGGCUUGACAACGCCGAAGCUGCAUAUGACGAUGAUAUUGCAUUGUCAACCGCUGAACGGCUAUCAUGGAUGUUCGCCGGUGUUGGAGAUGCGCGCAACUUCUAUCGCACCCUCAUCGCACUUCCCAACGGGGAGGCUCGGACCGGGCGGGAAAGACAAUACCAUUUCACACUGGUCGACCUGAACCCGGCCGUCUUCGCCCGGAACUUGAUCAGUCUUGAGUUGCUCUCAGAUCUAGACUCCAUGCUAGAGUGCAACGAAGCACUGACAUGCUUGAUCUACGUCUUCGUCUCCCAGGUUAUGCCGCCCUUCGCAUACACCAAGCUCCAGGAGGCCAUAAGUAGCCUACUACAGAAGCUUGAGGAUGGGAACCCCGUGAACGCUUGGGUCUAUGUCCCUGAAUCUCAACGCCCAGCAAUCUGCCACCAUCUUCGCUUGUGGCAGCAGAACCUGCGCGGCAAGUAUACCACCAAGCAAUUUCGUUUGUGGGCUCAGGAGCAGGCCCUGAGGCAGAAACUCGAGAAGGACGGCGAGUUCUCUGUGCCCCCUGGGUGCCAAGAAGAUGAUGACAAGUUUGAUGAGUUUGGCAUUAUGAUGCCGAAUGACCGUUUCCUGCGCGAACAUGAAAGCGAGCUCAAGCAGCUGCUCGAGGACUAUUCUUCUGGCAAGGGCACGUCGGAACAGAUUGAGGAUUACGUUGACCAGCAUUGGAAACUCAACGUCACCUUGGUCGACCUAGACUUCGAUGAGUUCAAGGACCGUCAAGGCGCUGGGGGCCCAGAUAUGCCCGCGCAUCCUACCCUGGUAUUCCACAUGCUUCAUCCAGGCGAGGUCGAAGAUACCGCACGUGCCGCAGAGGGCAAGGGCUUUAUGGCGUGUUUCGAGGUUUUCUUCAGAUGCGUUGCCUUCUCGCUCGAUGCACUCAAAUCGCGGCUUACGGUUGAGGUAGCCGUGAGCGAAAUGAACGACUAUCUUGAACGGCUUCGCUAUGAUGUCCUUCCGUCGCGUCAGGGGGGAAAACAAGGCACGUUAGAUCCCAGUACAUUCCCUAAGGCCUACGACCGCAUCCACCUCAGCAAUAUUCCGGACUACGUGGGAGGCGCCCUGAGCUCUUUCAUAUAUGCAACCCCUGCCUUGAAACCAAAGUCAAGCCUCAGCUCCAGUGUGCUGCUAAACAAUUCGGCAUUCGAGGAUUACCAGCAGUUCCUCGCCGAGUACACCUUACUGGGCGACACAAAGUCCAUUGAGGACAACUUCCGGGUGCAGCUGCGCGAUGAUUCGCCAUCAUUCAUGGACUGGGAGGAAAUGGAAAUGAGCGACUACACGAACUGGACCAAGGUAGCCCCUGCGACUCUAUCUCCAGCGAACCGAAUGUCACGGUCUGAGCUCGAGAGCUUCAUACAUCGCCAUCUGCUCAAAGUCCUGCUCCCUUACCCAAGAGACCCGGAUGACAUCGAUUGUGUAUACACACCGCUGAACCCGACCAUCAUAUUCAGGCUUGUCGCUCACUUGCAUUAUGUUGGCUAUCCUGCUCACUGGUUGUCUGAUAUCCUCGAGAGGAUACUCCAGGGGACAGUUGCCACGACGGUGAGGGCCCCGCGCCAAGCAGUUGAGGACCCGGGUUCGGUGAGCCAGUCGUACCCGUCGCUCAACGUUAGCCUCAAGCCGUGGCUGGCAGAGAUGACAACGCUAAGUGCUCUCUGGCAAGGCUUGCUGCCGUUUGGUCUCUUAUUCGAGAAGUCCUUGCUGCCAGCCCUGAGCUCGAUCCGCGAGUAUCAUAUCAGCUUCCCUCCAAGUCUUGUACAAUCUCAGAACCGACCCCACUUCAUGCUCGUGUUCUGGAACGAAGACUCGGGAAGCCAUCCGGGCUCUAAUCUUCGUGAUACCCUCCUCGACGACGAGAACGGUGACGGCUCGGAGAAAGCGAAGGCAGUUCGCGAAUCUGGAGUUCGGGUAUUGAUGACCUACAGGUGGGCUACCAAAACGAGGAUGGCUUCGUUCUGGCUGAGAAGCGACGAGGUGGAGACGAUGAGAGGGGGUAACUGGUCUGCAGCUAUUUGGAGAUCGGAUACUUGGAAUCAAGUGACCCCUUGGGUUGUGGUCUCGAAGGAGAUCGUGGACGGCGAGCAAUGGGCCACCUGA